AUGACCAUUCGACCUGUUGCGCUACAGCUUAGGAUUCCUCGCUCUCUCCUUGUGUUUAACCAGGAGUGCGUCACAGAAGAGGAGCGUUGGAUCAACUUCUCGUGGAUUCUUUCUCCACGGCUUCUUCAAAGCCCACACGUAUCACGCCAGACCAGUCGCGCACUAAGCCGCGCAGCUAGCAAGGCAAUGUGUCGCAAUCUGACAGAAAGAAUUCGGAACACCGCCGGUCGCCCAGACGGCCUAAGGAAUUAUAUCUGGGUUCAGCAAGAUCCAGCCACCGCCUUUCGGGGCUCCCAGCAGGAGAAGCUCCAUCCAGCAUUCAUCAGCUACUCUACUUUCUACCUCCUUCCUGUGUUUGUUAGGACGCUGAACAUUUUGACCAAUCUAGCCCAUUGCACGAUGUUUGAGAAGAUAUGUACGCCAGAAAUAACUUUGCACAGAGCUGCUGUGGUUACUGUCCCGAUCUCUCUCCUGAUCCUCAACCAGCACAAUGCCCCAGUCGCCCAGCCACCCGCCGUAAUGGCUCAGAUGCUUCCAGAGUGUGUAGACUUGUCGCAGAACCCGUACGUCGCGGAGAUUCGGAAAAUCAAAGACAAAGAGUUCGUCGGAGAGAUCUACGUAGAGAACAGCUACCUUGCGAAUUCUGCCUACACGGUCCUCUUGGACCUAAUUAACUUCAACAUCUAUUACUUGAGGAAAAUGCAUGCGCUGACAGAUCAGUUCUUUGCCAACUACAAGUAUGACAAAGAGUCGAUAACAGCACUGUCCCCCUUGGAUACACGGCUUGUAAAAGCGCCUCGAGACACAUAUAUAGUUGAGAGCAACCUAAUAGAUCAGCACGCCCUUGAAACGUGUAACAGCUUUGCCUCUAUCCAUGUAGAGGAGCUGGCACAAGAUACCAUUCUUCCACUCUCACUCCCCAUGCACUAUGAUGCUAUUUACCCCGUGAAACGAACAACAGCACUCCCUGCUGCACUGCAGAACCUUUUAACCGAACAUCAGUGGGAGUACAAGCACAUACUCCUGACCCUUCUGCAUAGGCAAUGCACCAUUACCAAGACUAGUUUAGGCACUGUGAGCUUUGCAUACAAGGAGGAGGAGUCGGAGCAUGUUAUUCUGAAGCGCCGUGUCACUUCCCCCAUUACUCUGUGCUCACACUAUGACGGACCAAUGUUUCAGUUCUUUGUGCGCAGUGCCGCUAAGGGGCCCUCUUUUUUCCGCUUUUUUCGCGGAACGAAGGCAGAGAUCCAUGGUAUCGUGACAUAUACAGAGCGGUAUGGCCCGAGACAGACCCUUUCCGCGGACAAGCAGUGGUACGACGAGCAACUAAAGCGUUUAGGCUUUCCAAUCAUGACGCUCACCAGUGUUUGCAUGCAGCUCUUCCCAUACAAGCAUUUUGCGUUUUGUACGCAGUCCCACAACGACGAUAUCAACACUACUAAUUUGCCAGCGCAACGAACACCCGGUGGCAUACUGGCACGUAGGGGCCAUACAGCCCAGGCAGUCAAGCGUUCUAAUCCUGCACUUGCUAAACUAAUCCCCAACUGCACAGGAAGCUUUUCAGAAUUUGGCUUGUUUGGAACGAAUCGACCAUCCUCGCGCAGAGACCUACCAUCGCUUCCCAUCCACAACGUGACAUUAGAGUUGUUAAACGAUAACGACCAGAGUCUUCAGAACAUGGAGGCAGGUGUUCUUGCUCACCCUCUAGAAGAUUGUGCCACGUUCCCCGGCGCAUUAUCCGCUGCUUCCAAUAGGCCAUCGUGUGCAUUUGACUCCCCAACACUACUUAGUUCACCACGUUUCUGCGCUUCCUAUGUAUCCCUUCAGGUUACAUUUCUAAAUCUUAUAUGUAAGUUUAUCGACGCCGUCCCUCUAUCGAUUUCUGCGGUCAAAACAGGCAAGGAGUCUGUCGGCGUGAUCCUUCAAGCAUUUAAUUCUCUUUUUAGCGCACUGCACGCACGCUACUAUGAUGUGGGAUACAGCUUCAUUACAAUCAAAAAGCGUAUAUUCUUUCUCCUUAAGUCGUUUUCAACUGAAACGGUUAGCCUAGUAGAUUACUACACUCAUCACUAUCAUAUAGAAAAAGGGCUAUCCUCAUCGGUCCUCGACUUCCUCAUGAAUCCCUCAACGAAACGGAUGCUCCAGAAAGACUCCUUACCAAAUAUCUAUGCAUACAUGCAUCUAUAUCUCAAGAAAGAAAUAUAUCUCGAAGAUCAGAACAAAUAUUAUAGGCUUGACAAGAUUUCAGACGACGAUGAUGCAGAGGAAAACGGCACGUUAUUUAUGAGGAAGUUCACGGGACCUGGGAAGAAAAACCUUGUUAAUUGCUACCUGGGCGACCCCAGUGACCUUCUCGGUGAGGAUGGCCAACUGAAGCCGACAGAGGAGGACGAGGAGGCAAGUGAAGAAGCGCAGCCAGCAUAUGUUUGUUCCGGCAAGGUUCCCACUCUAGAGCGGAUAGAGGUUGACGAGGCCAGCCCCAUGCUCCACUUUGCCAUGCUCUACAUCCGUCUCUUCGGUCUAUUUGCUCGUGAGCUGACUCCGGUUAUAUGCAGCUUAUUCGCCAGAGAUUGCAUACUAAGCAACAUACAUCUGGAGAACGAGCUGCUUCGACAGAGCCCGCUUCUGUGCUACAAACUCUUUUGCCGGGUAGUAAUAUCUAAAUUUCAAGAGGCAUACCUUCACGAUUUAAAUGAAUGGGCCGAAUACAUCUGUCCGCAGUCCCAUGUCCCAGUUCCCUCAUCCCUGCAGGAAUCGUCGCAGCCUUCUUCCGUGAUUCAGCCAGAGACCACAGUACCUACUCUGGUUUUGGAUCUGGAGCCAGUGUCUACCGACGGAAAUCAAACCAUCACUGCGGCAGCAGCUGUGGCAGACAGUAUAAUAACGAGGCGAUUCCUGAGCCAGGGCUUUUUUACCACCUCUGAUAGACAGGAGAUGGACUUUCUGCACUUUGAGUUUAAUUGCCAGCAGAUUUCAAAGGAUAAUAGGCGCUACGUGACAGGAGGCGAUACAGAGGGUCUUUCUAAUCUAAAGAUUAUCUACGCAAAUUCCCUAGACUUUGAACUAUCGCAGUUCCGUACACUGAUAGCCGCCAUCUUCACCUCUGUUACAGAGCUCAAGUGCAACAUAGAGCAGCACCUAGAAUUCGAUCUCCUCUUUCUCUCUCGCAGUGUCGUCCCAGGCUUUGAUUCCCUGCUAUCUCUGCAGGACUAUGUAAUACAGCACGUUCAGAAAGAGAUGGAGCUGAUUCAGGAGAGCCUCACAGACAACAUUCUAAAUCCACAGACCUUUCGAGAUGAUAUUAAGCGUGCAGAGUACCUCACCGAGAUCUCAUCGUCCCGUAUCCCAGACUUCAUCACAAGCUACUACAACAUGCGCAAGGAGAUGCGCAUACAGUACAGCAGAUUGUUGAUGGCCAACAUGCAAGAGCUUACUCGAGUCAAGGAAGUGUACGGGCUUUCAUUGAAGAGGCUUAACGAGAACCUCCAUGAUCGGAGAGCCUUUGACCGGUCCAUCCUGCAUCUGGAAAGGGAUGUCUUUGUGGCAUUUGAAAAGCUUCUCUCUUCAAUCGGCUCUGUGUCUCAGCUUUGCUUAGCAUUCAUUGAGCAGGAGUUCGGCACGAACAAUUUACACAUUUCAGCCAAAAACCUUGUGUUUAGUUUGUGCUUUGAUCCCCUUCAAGAUGUGAAAAAACUGGAAACCGUGUCAGAGGAUAGGCAUGGUAAGAAAGCAGUCAGUGUCGUUUAUCCUCCAAAGUUCCUAUUGAAUUGUGAAGGCAGUCAGCUCAUAGUCUUUAGCUUUGAGUCACUUCUUGGGUUAGACACUCCACUUGAGCAGUCUGCUUCAACAAAAGGAAGUGGGCGCGGACGGGCUAUCGACGGUAUGUCCUUGCCCAUCGGCGCAACCAUCCCCAGGUACAAUGAACCCUGUAACGGAGCUAGUGCCGUUGGCGCAAGCUCCCUUCUCGAUCAUUCCAAGAUGCUGGAGCUUAUCGAAAACGCAAUUGUCGUUACCAAGGACAUUAUAACGUAUAUAGAAAAUAACCUCCUUCCUCUCCCAGAUGUCCUCUACACCAGGUUUGCUACAUACACGAUUAAGAUCCUCAAAAAUCAGGCGAUUAACAAGCUCUUGUCGCUGGUACGGAAGAUUCGACAGCACGUUCAGGAGACCAUUUAUGCAGUUAUAAGGGAGGCGUCUCAAAGAAUUCAGGCUUUUAAGGGGUCUCUGGUGGUGGAUGUGGACACGCCGGAUAACCUGGAGUUGGUAUUGCAGUCCAAGAAUGCAGCCCAACGGUUCCUCACCAUCUGGAUGCCGGCUGUCUUUGUCUGCCUUCUGGCCUUGCCCAAGAUGUCAUAUCUUGAAUCUUACAGACACGUAAGUAGUAUUCAGUGUAUUAAUAGUGAUCCGGAGAUAGAGCUUCGUCCAGGCUCUACCGCUCAAGAGCAACAACGAUCAACAACUCAGCCCCCAGAUAUUUACACACUGCUAGAGUCAGACGUAUCCUUCGACCAAAAAAUGGACCAUCUAUUCGACGCGCAGUUCUGGAUGCGGUGUCGGAGAGACGUAGAAGUGUAUGAAGGCGUGAGGCAGAAAGAGGUGCAGAAACAAAUAGAGAAGCAACAAGAGCUGAUCCGUCAGCAGGAAGUGGAAAGGCGGGAUAUGAUCAAGAAGUUAGCCAGAGGCAGCAGCGAAUUGGCAGAUGAAGACCCGGCCUGUCUUCAGAACCUUCACAACGAGUUUGUUUCGGAGAAGGGCCUGCUUUCUGUCAAGAAGAUACCUCUCACUCGUAAGUAUCUUUCGUCAGAGGCUAAAGCUUCCAGUAUUAAGCUGCAGCCUAUCUUGCGCAAGCAAUCUGCUCUUGUCAGCUACCGACAGGAGCUGCUCAUGCUCGAUCUCUGCGAUUACAAGUUCAACAUCCUCGAUUUCAUUCAACUCCUGGCAUCUAUUAAGGCGCUAAUGAGGCGUGCCGACAGGAACAUCCAGGCCAAAAUAUGUCCAUUCUCUAAGUAUAUUUACUUAUCUGUAGAGUACCUCAUGUAUCUGCGCACAGUCUGCACCAAUUAUGCUGUCGAGAUAUGCUACAUGACAGCCGCCGAUCUCAUCCUCUCGGUGCGAAAUCCCAGCCAGUUUCGAAUCAAGUACCCUUACAUGACAAGCAAUCUAGUUCUCAAUCAGAUAGACCCCUACUUUGCGUCAGAGGACAUAGAGGUCUCAUAUGCAUAUCUCAACUUCUUACAGCGGUCCACCUCUCUGGCCAUCACUCGCUAUGCAAACGAACGUGCUCUGUCUCUUUCGGCUCUUUAUACAAGACCGAGCGAUUCCAAUCUUGUUGGGGUGGACUCGGUGGUUACGCUCGAUGACUUCCUGGCCUUUCUGAUCCAGCGUGUAAGCGCACAGGACUCGCGACGGGGCUACAACACAUCGACAAAAAGUGCUGGCGAGACAGAUACCUAUUAUGACAUAUACCAUAUUUUUUCUGACAUAGGCCAUAUCGCAUCAGAAUCACAAAAGAUCUACAACUCUCUAGAAAAAUGGGCCAUGCUUGUUGGAAUAAAGCUUUCUAUUUCUAAGCCAACCUUCCUUGAGGUUACCACCUCGCUAAAGCAUCCCAUCAGCUUUUUCCUCUCUCUAAUUAACAUUUAUGCAACGUACGCGCAAAGCCUGAAGGCUUCUAUAAACUUCUUCAACUACAAGUUCUUUGAAAAACACAGCGAGGAGCUUUAUUUGGCAGCCAGAGAAAUGCAUCUUGCCGAUAAGCAGAGGUUCAAGUGUGCACAGGAGAAGUCCAAGAGCCGAAAUGUGAAGUCGUCGUCCUUCUUCAUUGAAGCACUGGACCAGAGCUCGUCAUCAAAUCCCCAUAGAAUCCGUCAAUCUGGCGCUGUCCAUCGGCGCUCUCCGGCAGAAAGCACGUUGAAAGGGCAAGUCGCGCACACCGCCUCUGUGGCCAGUAUCAGCAGAUACAUGGAUUCAACCAUUGUGCUAGAUGGGUCAGCUGCCACAUCGUUGCCAAUGUCCAGCAAACUCGAGAAUAAUGCUUCUGAUACCCUUCUUACGUUGAUAGAUAGCAUGCAAGAGCUACCACCUAGGUCUGUGCACUCUCAAGACCCAGGAUCUACCAAUCUGAUGGCGAGCAAGCUCAGAGAGCACUAUUAUGAAUUACCCGAUCCGCGCAGUGAGAGUAGCAACUCGUUAUCGGUCUCCAGCACAGUUGCCAGACAUCCGGACUCAAAGGAUGACUCUGAGUCAGAGAUUAUCACCGUUGUGACAGCUGAUCAACUUCGGAAUGAUAAAGGCGCAUCCUCAAAGCUCUUGAUGACUCAGCUUGCUAACACGCUCGAUCCCGAAGAUUGUAAGACUACACCUAGCCACAGUGACGAUGAUGGUGGUGAUCUGCAAGGCAAGACAUCUAGAGUUAGCGAGACAGAUUCUGAAUAUAGCGACGGAAAAGACCCCGACGAAAAGCUAGACAUUGGUUUAUUGCGUAUGCGACGACAAGAGCCAACUGGCUUUGCAACGUCAUACUCGACUGCACAGAUGCGCCUAAACACAGCAGUAGCCGAACGCAUUAAAUUGCAAACCGGCACUGUCAGGCCAGCCGCUGCAACAAGGAUCAUAACUGACAUAUGCGCUGAUCGUCAACCACUCUCUUCAUCAGACAUAGCAGGUCCAGAUACACACCUUACAGAUACCAGUUUUCAUAUGGAGCCAUCGUCAUCUGCAACGGAUACCAAGAACACGCUGCUCAGGCGACGCCCAAAGCUAUCCAUUAAGACAGAAGCCGAUGAGGAGAAGCAGGAGCCCUGCAUGGAGAGCGUCGACUCUGUUGAUCCAGACCUUCUUUCUUACCGAAUUCAGCAGAUUAUAACGGACUAUUGUAGGAAGAAUGAGCAGCCGCCCUUCACCGUACAGUACUCCAGCUGGAUCGACACUGCCGACAGGGUGGUUCAAGUGCACUUGUUGGCUAUCACGCAGCGUAUCAUCUUCCUUUCAGAGAUACGACGCCUUUUUACCAGCAGAUGCUUUGUAGAGCGCCUCUUCACAAUGCUUGACAAAUCGUGCGGGGACAUAAGUGUGACGAACGCCAAAGCCCUGCUUAAGGCAACCACAGUCGAUGAUAUGACGAGACUGCUUAAUGCGCAGAACUUUGCGUUGAUAACAAAUAUGACCAGACAGUAUGAGCACAAUCUAGCGGCAGAGAAGAAGCUUCACGAAAUCUAUAAGUGGAUUCUUUCCCUUAAAGUCUGGGUUAUUAAGUACAGCCUCGAUAUUCCCCUUCAUACUGCCUUCAAGACCUAUGUGUCGGCCAAGUUAGGCCGCUCAAAGACUCAGUCACACACAAAAAGAUCCUACUCGUCACGUGUAAGCAAAGCGCUUCAUCGCCCUGCUCGUAGCGCAAUGGCAGACACAUCCCCGAGCUCAUAUCAACUCAUUACACGGAUAGACCAGGCACGGCGGCCCGUGACUAUUGCAGACGUGGACUGCUCCCUUUACUGCCCAAUAACUCUUGACUACAGUACGCGGUUCCGGAAGAAAUAUAUCAAUCACCACAGGCCAACUAGGGUUCUCCUAUUUGACAGGCUGGAGCCAUUAAUAGAUCUGUUCAAGGAUCAAACCAUGGAAUACGACGCUGUUUAUCAGAAGGCUCGUGUUUCCUGCGCAGAUGUUGGACCCGGGGAUACGUCACUGAGCAGCGUAUCAAUAAUUUCUGACGACUCAACCUUCAAUGAAACGUCUAUCAAUGUAACACAAUCGACCUCGCACAAUGCCUCCGGAUCCCGGAAGCGUACUGCUAGCGCCAGGAGGCGUCCUGCUCAGAGCUAUGACAUGCAAGAAACUAUUGAGCUACCGUAUCCUUCUCUCCAGCCCUACCUGCUGAAGGCUAUACGGGAAGCGUUGUUCAUGGUCUCCACUGUACUCGGAGAUGACCAGAUAGUAGAGUCUGUCAAGACAAUGGCGCGAAGGCUGCACAUUUUCCUCUCGGCCGCAAGGAUCUUCGCAGCUACCGUUGAAAGAGUACGCAUGCACCUUCCGGAGGUGCUUGCACUUCUGAAUGUGAUAUUUGACGAGGUUCCAGAAACGAGCUUUCUGUCCAUUGAUCUAGAGCGCUAUAAAGGCGUAGUAGCAACCCUGCUUCAGGUCCUUCACUUAUUCUCCGAGAUCUGCGUUGCAAUGCAUGAGUCAGAUAAGAAGGUUGACUUGGCCAGGUUUUCCAGUCCUUCCUUCGAGCAUUUAAAGGCUGUUUCACUGGUAAAGAAUAAGAGACUGGACAUCCCAAGAUUCGAAUUCAUCUCCUUCCUCUCUGAUCUCACUGAUGACACUUCCGAAUAUAGUGCGCAAACAAAGCACACUAGAUUGGCGAGCUACCUUGACGGGGAUAGCACCUGUAUGCCCCUUGCUUUUCUCUUUGAACAGCAACAGUACUCGCUGGUUGAGAACUUCAUUGCGGCAGCCAACCAAUGUGAUGGCCUUUUACAAGACGCUAGAGAGCUAUUUUGGAAGAAGAGAAUUGGACAUGUUAUUUCAGGCCGUCUUGAGCUGGGGCUUGAAAACCUCCCAGAGUCGUUCUAUAUUGUUUUUAGCAAAUUCAACGGAUCAUUCACUAAUGCACAGCUUUCCAAUCAAUUCUUCGACGUGGCGCACACAGGAUCUGAAAUGAAGCCUCCUCUCCCUGACCACGUACACACCACCCUUUCUGGUGUCCUCCAACUCCCAUCGCAGCGAGACACACGCCUACAGACCACAAGGCAUCGAGGUGGGUCCUACGUUAGUGCCAGAUCUGCUCUGCCCACUACUCGCCUCUCAGCAGACACCUUUAGCAAGCUUAAAUAUGCAUAUACAUCGGGUCACAUCAUUGCAAACAAGCUCCUGUACUCUAAAGGUGGCACACAGAUAAGCUUCUUUGGAAUCCAGAGUGGCCACGAAGCCAUUCUUUAUGAUAAGGUAAUUAACUUACGAUGCCGCUUGCACAUGGCGUCUGUACUCCUUCAUCCCAAGAUUCUUACCUCGGCCAUCCAGGCAGAGUUCCGUAAAGCAAUCAUCCUUCUCCUCAACGAGCAAUAUUCUCAAUGCCUGUGCUACUGCACCUACCAGGCAGUUAUCUAUGCGCUCUCUGCAUGCGUGCUCGUCUACCUGGAUGGAAGAUAUGAGUCAUUUGAGUACUGCUACUACCACGUUCUUGGUGGACUGAAGCGAAUUAUCGAGUGCUCUUAUCCGGACCUCCUUGCCCACAUGGGCAAUGCAAGCGCUUCCAUCUUUAACAGCCCAACUGACACUGACACAGCGGUAACAAAGCUUUUCACUUUAAAGGCAAUCUAUGCUAGAGUCAUAGAGUUCAUGAACUUGUUAGACAUUAUCGCCCUUAGCGUCGUUUCAUAUAUAUUCUCACUAAACCCGCUCUAUUUGUCUCGGUUUCACAAACUUGAGCCUCCCUUUUCUCUGCAGAACUACAGUAAGCUUCUAACAAAGUUUUCUAGGAGUGCCAUGCUCAACGAGCGUAGUAAGAAGCAAGGAAUCUCACUGUCUUUUAUGCAUAACAAGUUCACAUCAUGUCUUUUCUUAUCACUUCCGAGUCUGAAGCUGUUCCAGAAGACCCACUGUAGCUAUGACGCCGCAAGAAUGGAUGAGAAGGCCCUUAUUACAGAAGCAUACAGAAGGGCUGUAGUGGCCCUGCGGCGAGCAGUCCCAUUACGUUCGGUGCUUGAGAUGCAAAGCGCGUCUCAUGGACUUUCAGAUAUAGUCGCAGUUCCGGACAUCCGGACAGUGAGUUCUGUGGAGUCCACUAACGAUGAGGACUUCAGCGACGCACAAGCAGGCACACCAAGCAAAGCGCUAGCGACGUUUUCGAGUGCAGAGAUCGCCUGCCUGUCCCCUGGUGUAGCUUCCGCUCCGCCAGUGGCUAGCGGUGCUGCUGUUUCACAUGGAUUGUCUAGAGGAGAGGGAGAGACACUCUUUAUUGAUCCUCUUCCUCGGCUAGUGCCGAACGACAUUGUCUACAUAGAUGCAGACGAACAUGGGGAUAUAGACAUACCGCUAGAAACUCCUGCGUCUUUGACAUCUAUUCUGCUAGGGCCGUGGGGACUGAAAGACUUCAAUCUUGCCCAUGUGUCUUGCUGUACUCAGUAUGAUACGGUUUUUAUUGACUACACACACAAACGCAAGUGUGCACUUCUCAUCAGCUCAUUGAUUGACAACAUUCCAGUAGUGAUAUUCACCGACCGGCACAUGGGCUAUCGAAGCAUGGAGGUCCCAUACAUUCUGGAGCACGCUACGAGAUUAUCUGGACUACGCUAUUGCUUCCUCAACGUCGCUCCAGGGAAGCUGGAAAGCUAUCGCAUGGCGAUCUAUGCAAAUAUGCUAUCCGGAGUGACGACAGUCUUAACGGGACUGGAGCUCUCCGCCACGGAUGGACAUGCAGAGUGGGCAUUGAUAUCUGCGUUGUUUACGCUCUCACCUGGAGCAGAUUUCCCACCCAUCUAUGAUCGCAUAAGCGCAACUCCCAUGGACUCAAAGGCAUAUCGCAACUCAUGGCACACAUCCAGACUCGGAGGAAUCAUCUUCUGGAUUGCAGACGCAGUAUGUCUGAACAACAGCGAGGACCAAAACUACAUUGUUUCUGAUUGGGCCCUCAAAUUUCUUCGCCUCUUUAGGCAAAAGACCCAACUCUACUUUCCCACCUCAUACCUCACUAACGACUGUCAUGUGCUUGCAAUGGAAUACACUAUGGAUAUGCCUACCUACAUCCAGCGCAUAUCCUUCAUUAAGAAUCAGUUCAGCGCCAGCAUAUUUGAUCUGGUCAACAAGAAGGCCACACUAUCAGAGAACCUAUCCGUAAAGGCGUCCGCUUCUCUCGCAAGUUCUGUCAUUUCGUCGAGGGAAACCAUAAAAGCAGCUACAUACGCGGGCAGCAGCCACCUUCCGCGCCUAUUCAACGAUCUCCACAUUGUUUCGGAUCUAUCCUCAUCUUGCACACUCGAGGCUCUCUUUUGCAUCAUCCCACAGUUUUCUAGCCAGCUGGCAAUAUUUGCAGAGUUCCUAUUGCGUCAAACUACCGCUUUUCCAAAGCUGGUCCUGGGGGAUAUCCGUACCAUUAUACAGACAUUGCAGUCGCCCAUUACAGCGCUAAACAUGUCUCUUGCCCUGCUCUUUUAUUUGACCGUCCUAAUGUGGACAGAGGAGACUGCGACAAACCAGUUUUCUGCGAAACAGAUGUAUUUGAUGGAGUACUUGGCAACAUUGUUUCACCUCGAUGCACACGAGCGCUCAAGGUUUAAAUCUCUGGUAGAGUCUCCUCUCAGCAAGUUCGAGCAGAUCAUUCAGACUUACGCUUCAGACACGUAUAUCUCACAGUUGGGCCUCUUGGCACAAAGCUCUGGCCUCCUCUCUUUGUUUGGCUCUCACUCGCUUUUCACACUGGGCCGCAUUUUGGCAACUGGCAGGCCGUGCCUCCUAUUUCUGGACACCAUGGACCCCGGAACGCUCACCCGCAUUCAAGCUGGCGUUGAGCAUGUGUCACGUCUUCAUGUCCUAAUAGUCUAUAGUAUCUAUGAUCUAUUUGAGAUGACGGAGUCCAUAGAGAGGAGCGCAGAUGACACCGGCCUCAUGCUAGUGUGUGCCGACCCAGCGGACUCUCACUGGAUCGGAUCCAUUUUUGCCAUGUGCUCGUGCAGGCAAGAAAUAUGCCUUCCAAAUAAAAUCAGGUAUGUGUUCCCUCGCCAUUGUAAAGUAGUCGUUGUGGCGCACUCAAAGUGCCUAUCUUUGAGGAAAAUAUCCUGUCCAAGUAUCCACUUUAAUCGAAACGUGCACCUCUCUCCUCUCGGUCUCCUCCAAGUCAGCUUCUCUUCAGUAGCCUUCCUAAAUAUGAAGUACUUCAAUGACAUCAGAAACAUCGAAACAAGCCACCUGUCAACAUACAAGGAUGUCGUCGAGCACAUAGCAAUGAAGUAUGACGUUGACUAUCACCUCUAUACGCACGCAGAAGAAACCCGCAUCAAGCAGGACGUCUAUCUCAAUUACCUCAAUUUCUUUUAUUACAAUCUAACAAUCUUGGCGUCGCGAAGAGUAUUUAACAUGUAUGCGUUUACAAUCAGGGAUUGGCGCGUACUAAAGGCAUUGAUCACGCUCUUUCUUGUGUACGAUAAUGUCCUGAACAUCAAGCACUACAUGGACGUCAUGGACGGCGAGGAUUAUCGGUUAUUCAUCGGAUCCUCCACUAAGCAGCAAGCAAAGCCAGGCUCUGCAGACAUAAGGGCCCCAGAACAAAGCACCAUGUCUCAGCAGAUAGCAAGAACUAUAGAAGCCGUCCUUCCCCCACGCCGUGUCUCUGAUCUGAAUCCGUAUGCAGAGCUUGCUUACUUUUCAUAUUACGAUCAGGAGGAGCGCAGAUCAGAGAAAAAUGAGGCAGAAUACAUCAAGGAGUGCCGCAAAGACAUUGACUUUUCGGCAGUUGGUCUGUCCGACCUGCGCUAUAUUACCGGAAGCCCUAUCUAUCUGCCAUGGGCGAGCAACUUCAGCCGUAAAACGCAGAUCAUUUGCGAGUUUAGUUACUCCUUUACUAAGCUUAUCUUUGUCAACACUAGCACUGCAGAAGUUAUCAGGAGGAUCCACUCAUCAAUCUUUGCCGCCAUCUUUAACGCCUUUACCCUUCUUAUUGCAGCCCCUUAUGAGCUUCAUAGCGCAGAGCAGGACAGCGCAAGCUAUCGCUCCUACUAUCGGAGAUAUUUGGAGCUUCUUCCCUCCUUUCUUCACCUUGUGCACAAGUUCUUUUGCCCUGCGUAUCUCUUCCAUUCUAACCCAUCAAUGCAGCAAUGGUUCGUCAGCUUCUAUGCGUCUCUCAAGGCUAGCCUGCAAGACCUUUAUGCAGUACAGUUAUCUAUGCACGGCUUUAUAGGAGCGGAGAAAUACUGCAGGUACACAUGCCUGACCCAUACACAGAGCAUGUCCGAUGUCACACUUCUUCGAGCAGCUAACUUUCUGGGUGUCAAGAACCAACUCCGUAGUGACGUGGUAGAGCAUGUCCAGCUAUUCAACUUAAAGUGUGGGCAGCUGGAUAGAGAGGCACAGGAGGAUCUCUGGAUCCCCGGGGAACAGCAGCUGCCCUCAGCCAGAUAUGACAAGCUUUCGCUCAGCCAACUAGACAAAGAUUCAUUUCACACAGCAGAAACAUCAUCUACCACAGCUAUUGCAGAUACUCCUGCUUCUGAGCAGAGUUGCCGCGCAUCUACUGAUGGCGAUUCAGUGCUUCACCGGACUCCCCAAAUAGAUAACGUUUUGUUGAAAAGAUUCGCAGAAAAGGCCUAUGUACACGAAUUAUUCGAUUCUUACCAUGACCUUGGCCGUAGUAGAGCUGAAGAAUGCAUGCACCUGCAAAUUGCUGAAGAUCUCAAACAAGAGCUUCCCAGCGAUCUACAGCUUAGCGGGCACGAUAGUCAUCUAAAGCCUGUCACAGACAUAUCCCUGACAGGUUCUGCUCCUCACUGUAACACCUCCAGGACUACUGAAGAGAAACAAGAGCUAGAGGGGCCUGCAUCUUACCAUAAUCCAGACACCACUUCUGAAGCACAGCUUGAUUCUGCGCAUGCAACUGACUAUUUGGCGUUUGUGCGGCAAACAUAUCAAUUCCUCCCUGUCCCAUACCACAUAGGAGAUGGCUUGUUUUCUAAUCCUGCACUAUCUCACUAUAUGCAAUUGUAUAGCGAUAACGACGUAGAGCCACCACUGAUCAUAACUACUGAGCUCUCUGCAGUUGCUGUCUUUUUAGCCGGGCUCAUUUUAGCAGGUGAGUGCUUUGCUCUGACUGGCAAGCGGUUCUCGGGGAAGACAACUCUUCUGAAAUUGGCAUAUGCUCUUCUUCCUCAGAAUAUUGUGUCUCUAACAUCCUUUAGGGUUCCGUGUGGAGAGGAUUUGGACCCGCAGGAAUUCAUGCAAAGGAUCCUUCAAAGAAACCUAGUCUUUAAGCCAGACACAACCAGUCCCGGUGAGCGCUAUAGUGUCGCGUUGCCUGAACGAAAACUCCUCGUCGCUCAUAUAGAGAGGAUCGAUCAAGGAGCCUGGGAGAAACUAAUGAAUCUCAAUCUGCAAAGUGGCUUGCUGAGCCUUAGCCACAAUGUCUCGCAGAGCCUCGAGCUGGGAUCAGACAACGUGGGAGUGCUGUUUCUUCCUGGAGUGGUCUUUGCGUAUGAGGCCUCCGCCGAUUACUCCGAUCUGUCAAGCAACCAGAAUGACCUUUACUUUAUACAGCACUCCAGCACCUCCACGCCAUCCUUCCUGCAUAACUUUCUCUACUGGGGCUUGAUUCGGCGUCGCUUUCAUCUUUCGGACUAUGUGCCUCUAAGUGACUCGUCCGCUCCACUCAACGGAGGGCAUGCUCUGGAAGAUUAUUUUUCGAACGCAUUGCUUACCAAAUUGCAUGAGGCAAUCUGUGCAGGACCGUCCAAAGAUGUUCAGAACUCCUAUACUAGGGUUUCGUAUCGAAACAAGACGCCGCAGCUCCACGAAGAAACACUUUGUAAGCUUCCAGUGCCAAGCGCUGAGCUUCCCAACACUCUUAAGACGUUCGUUCAUUUUCUCAAGCAACUGGAGAGCACCACCCCCAUUUCAUCUCUACGCCUUGUUUGGUCGAUGCUUCAAAACUCUGCCAGUGACGACGGCUUUCUGGUCACGUCAGUUAAUGUUCCUCCUGUUCCUAUCUCACGAGAAAAUGCAUGCUUCCAGUUUCCGUGCAUUAACCUACUGCUAUCUACUAUCGUCCGUCACACAGAGCUUCCAGUUGAUGUGGUUUUUCAAUCUAUUAGUCAGCUGAUUAAUACCAAUACCCUCGACGAAGUUCUCAAAGGGAAAGAGGAACUGCCUUCCAGUAGCCUUCCGCUACGAAGGGCAGAUCCUGGUAAUCUGUAUCUACUCCAUGAAGGGUGGAUCCAGGGCCUUAGCUUGCUUCUAAAGCACCAUGAUCAAUCCAUUGAGGACUUUGUUAUGGAUUUAGCUGGCGACUCCUAUUAUAUGAAGCACAAGAGGAUACUCUAUUCGCAGGAGGACCAGUUGAGCGGGCGCAGCCCAUCCCACACAAGGGUUCUGCUUCCCUACUUUAGCAAAGCUGGUCACAUGCUGUACUUCAAAACAGACUUAGGUGGCCAUAGCUCUCCAGAUCGUCGCGCUCUAGCUGCCUCCAGCGGCUUUUUCUCUGACCCCCACUUGAUUGGAAGCCUUACCUCCGGCCUUGGUCUGAUGAGCAAGCUCCGUCCGCAGAGCACUCUUGACUCUGAAAGACUCAAGGCAAAGCUUCCGCAGCAUCUUCUGGACAAGGGAAGCAUCUUGAUGGGGCGGAGCCUGCGUGCCUCGAUGAUGAAUAUAGACGGAGUCCAAACCUUUCCAUCUGGCGAGCUGGUCUAUCCGCAGGAUCAAGCAGAUUGCCCUGCAAGGGCUGUCAGCUCCAAAGUGCUUUCCUCGGCCAACCUUUGCCGAUCGCGCGUAGACAUAGAUAGCGACUCGUCAGAAGAAGACGAUAAGAUGCAGAAAAGCUUUGUGCUUGAGCAGCAAGCCUCUCUGGAAGAGCAGAAACACAACGUUGUUGCGUGCUUAUUGUCACGGUGCCGCACGGUAGCACACGUUGACACCUAUGCAAUAGCUGCGAUUAUACACAUUUAUCUGGCGAUUACUAGAGCGUUUCAGUCCAAUGUCUUGAAGAUGGCAGAGUACCUCCUUUACAUGCGAAGGGGAUCAAACCGCGCUUGCCCACAGUUUGUGCAAUUCAAUCCCUUGGCAAACCCGCCAAGAAUGCCCAUUAUCAACAUGCUCGUUCCAUCUGGGUCGACACAUUUUGACUCUUAUUCCCAAUAUCUCCAGGUCCUAAGAAGUAUAGGGAAGUACGUCAUGUUCGACACAGUGGAGUUCUUCGAGUUUGUUUGUAGAAAUACAUACAGUCCGAACAAUGGAAUUCUGAAAAUAUCUAUCGAAAAAAAGGCUGAGACGUUCAGAAUCUAUGAGAGCGCUGUUUUGGAAGAAGUUUUAGGAAGUUCGGUUCAGAAGAUCGAGCCUGAUGCUGCCCCAAAGGCCAAAAAGGAAGUAACCCUCCGGAACGUCUUUCAAGGACGCGUCGCUUUUGCUAAUUACGCGGUCCAUUUAGCACGAACUCACCGAUUUAUCAUUGACAUCAAUCAGGUCCUGCAAUACGUCCAGGCAGCAGCAAGAUGCAUCAAACCCGCCAGCACUACGCACGAGGUUUACCACAGCAAUAAGGAUCCCUUAGAAGAUGAAGAAGAGCUGUCAGACGAGGACCAAUUCGUCUCUCGUGUCGAUCCACGAGUUCUGCGAAAAAUGCCACUCAAGCCAGUCAUCUCACCGGAUGGAACUGAGUUCAAGAGGAAUAACGAAGUGGUGAAGACGUAUAGUGGGAAGCUGUCCAAGACAGAUCCUUUCUUCUGGAUAUUCAAGGAACAGGAGGACAGGACUGGCGGCGGCUUCGUUCCGACGUAUGACUACAGACACCACCGGCAUCGCUAUUUCAAUAAGCUUGUUUCUGUGUUUCUUGAUUCUCACGAUCCUCGGCAGCUAGUACACUACAUCAUCCGAUCAAUGCUUCUCAUGGCCCUGGGUUUCAGCCCUCUCCUCGGUUUUGUUGAUCUGUCAUAUUUCAAGCGUGAUGUCUACAACUAUCGGACAUGCUACACAUGUGAGCUAUGGCCCUACGUUGACAUGGAGAAAAUGCAGACAGAUUUGGAGGCUAGCGAUCUUGCCGAGCUUGUUCUCACCGAGCCCUGCGACAUACUUCUGACGGUCCCUUUCGAGUACCUUGAUCGCAAGAAGAUCAGUUUUCUCCCAGAAAGCUGUCCUUACUUCAGCCCCACAGAGCUCAAGUUCCUAGGCUACCUUGUCUCCUUUGUGUAUGGACUGCAGCACCUACUUUCAGAAACAGAGCUGUUGUGGCUUUGUAGUCGCAACCUAGCCAUUGUUAUUCUCGAGGGCGGCGAGGUGUGCAAUACAAUCGACUCUGUGCGCUAUACGGCAUUUUCACCCCGCAUACACACGGCUUUAUUGGAAGAGCGACUCAGCAGGCUACACCCCCGAUUAACUACCACAUACAAUGACGCGAACCAGCAGCCUAUUUCUCUGCAUGUGUCUUCUGCCAUGAAGCAAGCAUUGAGCAGCCUCGCCACGAAGGGAUUGCUGUUGGAGCGCAAUAUAGGGUCACCUAAGGGAGAUUCUACUAUUGGUUCUCUGGAGAACUCGAUUCCGUACCAGUUUCUCAAGAUCCUUAACGAGAAAUAUAAUGCAGCAAAGAUGCUGAAAAAUGGCCCUUUGCCAGGCGUCCUUCUGAUUGCGGAGAUAGCAUGGAAACUCUAUGAGUAUCGUGUUGAGACACUUAGCAAUAUACUACAGGCAUGCAAUACGAUUUUGUGGGGGGCUAAUAGACUCAAUGCCGACGAGCUAGUGGCAGACAAUGGGCCACAAACGCCGCUUAGCCAUAUGCACACAAGUAGUGUCAAUACCUCUGUGCGGUCCUUUUCAGCUGUAUCGUUUUCUGUGCCUAAUACGCAGUCUAGAUCAAGGACGAGAAAGCGCGCUCUUAAGUCAAGAACCAGAGACCAGCAGACCACGAGUCAGACAAUUCAUGAGUCUGCCUUUGGCAUCAACUCAUUACUCAGUGAGCCGAAGGGCUUUAAAGCCGAGGCCCUCGAUCCAGAGCCGGCUCAUGAGGUGGACAGAGAUGAGGUGACACAGCGCUAUCUGACUAUCAUUCAGGAGAUGAAAUCUGAGUUAGAAGGUCUGCUACCUUGCCAACUUGAAGCGUGUAUUGAUAUGGCUGUGAGGUUUCUUUGUCUCAGUGAAGACUGCUUUAGCUCCUCUGAUGCUGGCAGGGAUGCUGCUUCAUCGAUGUCCUUAUCACAAGGAAAGAGGUCUGUGUCUGCUUCUAUGGCACAUGACGUAUUUAAGCAACACCGCCAUUCUUGUGAUAGCGAAUCAGAUCCGCACUUACCACCUACCUGUGCCUGCACUACCGACUUUCUCCUCGAAGAGUUCAGCUACUUUACUAUCCCAGAGAGCUAUCCUACUCCUGCUCUUUUGACAGCGUUUUUCAACAUCCUCCACAUCAACCUUGGGGAAGCUUUAGCAAUCGCUGAGAUCUUGCUUGACUCCAAGGCAAGGUGCUUGCCGGAAGAAUUUCGUUCCGGUGAGAUGCGGUCUUAUGCCAAGAGCUUGCUCGUUGACAGGAGGAUGCUAUCUAUAUUUGCAAUAUAUCUCAUAUCUGCGCAAAUCCCACGACUGGUGCCGCUUCUUCCUUUCAAUUAUUCAUUCAUUGUGGUCCUAGUACUAGAAGCGUGUCAGAGGCCAGCUUUGUUCAAAGACCUGGUACUUCGUCGCAAGGACGCAGACAUUGACGUUGAUGCAGAAUUCCGUAUUAGCUACGUUAACUGCGCAGUCUCCAAGCAGGAGUUUGCAAAGAGCUUAGAUAGCAUUCUCCAAGAUGACGGUAACCAAGACGGGGCAGUCGUAUUAUAUAAUUGCUUCUCAUGCAAAGGCCAAGCGACAGAGUACUUAGUAACGUUUAUUAGCCUCCUAUCGAGUGCAACGCUGUUGCAUGGCGAUACACUCGUCUUCGAUGGAGCCACAAGGAUAAGGUUGAAAUACGACCUAGCUAGGACUCGAUUCUACUUUACUUCAGCUAGAAACGUUGACUACUCCUCUCUAUCUAAGUUGCAAGAGAGCGUUUACCCCAUCUAUACGCCACAAUACUUGCAGCAAGCCCUUAUUCACCGGAUUGAGGCAUUGAAGUCUGGGGAGACCGUCCAGGAUCCCACCGACGGUCUGAAGGAGUUGUUCAUAGAUCUUUUUUACUACAUGUUGCACUACUGCACAAUGUACGACACACACCCUUUGUUCCGCAAUCUUCUUCUCCUCGAAGCAAAGAGGGACGUCAUCAGGGAAGUCCUGAAAACUAGCGCGACCAUCCACAGUAUCACGAUGGCAGAGCGCGGCGCCAUAAGCUCAGCUAAGCGGCAGAUUAUGGGCAGCAUUUACAAAGAUGCAACUGCACUCCUACCAAAAGUCAUGCUCCUGAAGAGAGGCUGCCUAAAUGGUCAGCAACUCGAAGAUACACCUCAACUUAUGCAGAAAAUUGCACAGGCGUAUGCCGCACUGUUUGGCUACUUUUAUUCUUUAAGCGCGGACUAUCAGCAGGUAUUAUCCCUCCUUACUCCAAGAUUCUUUGCUGGCUGGCUUGACAAUAUGAUCGAGCUGAUACACCACAGCAGAUGCAGUAUGGGCGAUCCCACUAUCACACAGCUGGUUGGUUGGCUGGCCCAUCAUACUGUAAGGUAUCCAUUACAAUAUGUUUCUCGUUUGCUCCCGUUAACAAAGAUAGAGCCUGUGCUAUUCACAUGUACGGCCAUCUACUGCACGGCGCUGGAGCACAUGAGCACCAAGGAGCUUAGUGUGAUAAAGCUGCUGAUUGCUAUAGAAGAUAAUCAGCUGCACACGCUAGAAAGGAUUAUCUUGCGUGGAGGCAAGAAGGAGGCAGCUGAGUAUGAUGCAACUCAACGCCCAUUCAUCAAGAUGCUGUCACUAGCCGAAGAGGACUGCGCUGCAGCAGCACUCAUUGCCAAUUGCUGCGGGUUCCCGUCCCAGAAGGCUUCCAAUGCAUGGAUCAGAUUGUCCGUUCUAUACGCAUUUCUACCCAAGCUUGUUGGCCCGUGGGUAGCCCAUUUCAGGAAGGAAAGGCGCUCGUUCGUGAAGUUAGCCUCUGGUAAUACCUUCCGUUCAUUACUUAAUCAGUAUCUCGGUUUGGAAAGCGAGCCUGCAUGCAAAUUCAUCGGGACAGAAGAACUUUUUCAAAGCAGAGUCGCCGGGGUCAAUCGGGAUUCGGUCACAGCUAUUGACCACUUGAUAAGAGACCAACGGAUCCCCUACUACCAAAGAAAGCGCGCAAAGACCGCGCCGUCCAAGAAGCAGACGGAGGGCGCAUACACAAAGAAAGCCACCAUAAAGCCAAUGAUUAUCAACCAACCCCUUCCUAAGCUGGCGGACAAUGUACAAGCAGUAGCACAACCAGAAAAAGACCUCUCUGGGGACAAUAGAACCGAUGCGACUGUGCACAGGGAAGUAGAUAGAAGCAAUUUACAGAUUAAGGAGCUAUUUCUACUGAGCUACACAUCCAUGAAUGGCUCUUUCUGUCCGCAAAGGAGACAGCUUCUUACCACUGCCUCAUCAACGGCACAGCAACAUGAAGCCGACUCGGAUACUCUUCUGCUGCAAUCAACCGCUAAAGGGCUGGAUUUGGAGCUAGAGAAAUGCACUGAGCCAUUAGCGCUGCCAGCUGACAUGACGUCGUAUUCCAUCAGAACCAUAUGGAAAGCACUUCUAUUGAGCCUGGCAUGUGACAGAGAAGCGCGUUCUGAUGCAUGUAGCCUUCUUCUCCGAAUCUGUCCACUUUGUAACGUCACAGACACAGUGAAGGAAUAUUACAAAGAGCUAUCCGCUGACAGCACCGCACUCGCCGAGUUUCUAGGCGUGUCAGGUGGCACGCUUUCUCCCAACUUAACCCUUAUAGUCAGAAGCCACCUGUUACCACAUUCAUGUGAGGAAGAAAGCCAACCAUUAGGUGCGGUUCUACAAGAAAUGGAUCCUCAAGUAUCUGCUGCACGGAGAAAUCUACUUUUGUGGUACGACGAGUCUGUUGAUAUCGAGCGCCUAAUCAGCUACUCCUAUACGUGUGUUUGGAAGAGUCUUUCCUCCUACUCGUCUUUGUCAUUCAGUAGAUAUCCUACCAAGGAAAUGCUCAUGACACCGGAGUCUGUCAUCGCUGUAAUAUGCGUAGAUCCUAACCUACAAAUUUCACACCUCCUUGCUAUUAGAGAGGGGCUGUGCGAUACGACCGCCGCAUCUAUCAUCAUAUGCAUACCAUCUAGCUCUAGGCCGUCGGUUACUGUGUCCCAAGUCAUAGCGUUAACAAAUAUCUUCUGCACCCGUACAGAGAGCCUGAUAAUGCCUGAAUGCGUCUUUAGACGGUACAAGGAGUACUUCACCUUAGUUUUGGCACUAGCGGCAAGAAAUACAGACAUCGCCAAGCAACUGUGCGCACUGUCCGCAGAUGAGUCCCAGUUGAUAGUGUCGCUUCUUUUAUUCUUCAGUGCAAUGAAUCACAAAACCAGUAGGAUCUCCUUCGUGGCAAAACAACUGCGCUCAUGUGACAGCCACGGAUCUCCUGUCUUUGGUCCGUGCAUCGUUCACUCUGAGCAUAUAUACUUCACAUGGUUAAUAGAAGCAUUUUCCACGAUGCAGCGCGGAUGGGCCACUCUUACAGAAAUACGGGCAUUCCUCCAGACGUACAUAGCGCCAGAGGAACAAGCAUUUAUGGAGAACACGGCAGAGGACAACGCAGAGUACGAGCAGACGCAUCGUUACUCACUUGAAUCGCUGAUAACAACAGCUGCAAAAAUAAUGGGCACACUUGCAGCAGAGGCGACUAAGGAGCGAGAGGGCCGCACGAGCGCCUUAGCCGCGGCAGACAAAUCAGCAAUCAAUCUCUUGAACCUGUCUCUUCCAUGUCGCGUAGCACGGGACUUCUCCCAGUCGAAAAAGCAGACGGCUUGCUCGCCUCUUCGCGCUAAUUAUCUCCUCGAAAACAUUUUCAGCCACCAACUGAUCAAAGCCUUUGAGAAGGGCGCUGUCCUCGGAAAGUACCCCCUGGUGUAUCCACGUGUGUGCAUUAAGGCUAAUUUCUAUAGACAAGAUGAAACAAUAGAUGGAGAAGAGCCUCCUAUUGACCCAGUGUGUGCUACUGACCUGAGCGCAACCGCGUCAGCGCCAGAUAAACACGCCUCGGGUGAGUGCGCUUACGGGGCCAGUAUUUAUAAUGUCAGCGAACAGGACACGUGCUCUGCAGACAGAGGAAGCUCCUCGAACAACAUAUUGUGUUAUUUAGAUCAUGGUGGCAAUGCAGGGCAGACAGACACUGAUUCAAUAGACAGUACAAGCCAGGAUCCGCAGCAUACAUAUGCGUGCGAGAUAGAAGACUACACAGUAUCAUAUGCACGGGAAAUCGGUACAUGUAGCAUGGACAUAGCCGAAGUAUCUGCGCUAGUUACCAGUAGUACACCACUCAUGCAAUCCCUUGAGAGCGUAGGUCGCGCCUUCGAGACGCUUGCAUCUGUAGCAAGAAUCCAUGGGACGCCAGAACAAAAGUUCCUCCUAAGUCAGCCUACGUGCCUUACUGACAACUCUUCUGCUCAAGAGUAUAGUGAAGCGAUGCUUAGCUUAGCAGUCCGCGUGAUUACGACUGUGUGUGGCGCUCCCCAGACUCUUUUUUACGAUAAGACGAUGGAGUAUGGAGACGACUCCAGAGGAAUCUCACAACUUCUUGUACAGUACUCAACACUCAGCGAUUAUGCUCGCCCAGCAGCGCUCCCUUAUGCACAGCACUUAGUGGAGGACGCCAGCCUCAUGUUGCGGAGUCUCGGACGCUCCGGCGGGCUCAUGACAGCACACCCCUGUGUCUAUGGAUCAGCGCUAUUUGAAGUCAUGGCGUACCACAAACUUAGCUUUGCCAGCGCAUACUCUAUUCCCCCAGAAAACGUACGCACCGCAUUAUUCGCCAAGUUCCCAGAUUGUACAGGAUAUAACCACGCCAUCGUAGGCGAAAGCAUGAUCGUGGAGAAGCGAGAAGACGGGAACCCAGAAUACAACUACAUACCAUUCUGCACCAAGCUAGUCGGGAUGAAGCUGUAUGGAAUGCUUUACGACGCACAGACGGGAUCUCUAGUGGACUUUAUAACUCCCGCACACAGGACUCCGUCUAGAAUCGAUGUCUACGCAGUCCCCCUCUGCUACGAACCGAAGGAGGAGACACAGCAGCAUACAGACCCAGCCCACCCAGGGAGGCAGGGCCCAGAUACGCAGCCCAAUCCCCUACAAUUUGUGCGCGUGCGAUGUCCGCCGCUGCCAGGCAUAUACGCAUACUUCAGGAAUGAGACCGGCCUGAAGGCCGACGAGCUCCUGCAGCGGGGGCUGCGCCUGGAGAUGGAGUAA